AUGAAGCCUCCAUGAUCUCAUGCACCUUUUCCUGGCUCUGCUGGUGGUGUCUGACCUCAUGUUGUCCUCCUCCACACUGCCCAAGGCCCUGAGCAUAUUCUGGUCCCUUUCCAAGGAGAUGUCUUUCCAUGACUGCCUUACUCAAAUGCUCUUCUUCACACACACGAGCUUCACUGCAGAGUCAACCGUUCUGAUUGCUGUGAUGCUGGACUGCUCCAUCACCACCUGCGAUACCCUGCGAUGCACCACUGUGUCCAUGCACGUGGUGAUAGCCAAGACAGGGCUGGCUGCCCUAGCCCAGAGCUUCUGCACGAUGUUCCCAGCCACAUUCCUCCUCCUGAGGCUGCCGUUCCGUGGGCACAGUGUCAUCCCACACAUCCACUAUGAGCAUAGGGGCAUCGCCCGCUUGGCCUGCAUCGACAUCCCCACCAACAUCUGGUUCUGGUUUGCCACCACCCUCCUGCCCAGGGUGCUCAUCACAGCAUCCUACAGACUCAUCUUCAGGGCCAUCUUCAGGCUCUCCUCCAUGGCCACUCAGGUGAAGGCAGCUGGGACCUGCAGCUCCCAUGCGUGUAUUAUGUUAUUCUACACACCAGCACUGUUUUCAUUUCUCACUCUUUGCUUUGGCCACAACAUCUCCUGCCAUGCCCACAUCCCAUCGGCCAACCUCUACGUGCUCCUACUGUCUGUGUUAAACCCCAUCAUCUACACGUUUAGAAACAAGCUAAUCAGGGAAAGGGUGUCCCAGAUGCUCUUUAGGACCGGACAGUGGCAAUGACAGGGAUGUUCUUCCUAUGAAAGGAAAUUGUCUGCAUCAGAUAAGCAAAGUGUACGUGUGUGCAAUAACACGGCUUCCUCCUUUUUUAGACUCAGCAUCUCAACUGAGCAGAUUUCCUGGUAGAUUCUUCCCCAGAACAAAUCACAUCACUCCUACAAAAGGAAAAAAUAGGGAGGGACCACGUAGCAGAAUUUUGGCUGAAGCAGCCUGGUGCUGCCCCGUGAACAUCAGAGCUUUGUCAGCGGGUUUGGUUGUCUCAAGACCAGGAGAAGCAGCUGAGCCGAGGUGUGUUGGAAGGACGGUCCUUACUGCAUCUCUGGUAGCACGUGGUCAAUGAAUGGAUUAUCACAGAACGGUUUGGGUUGGAAGGGACCUUCGAGAUCCUCUAUAUCCACCCUCCCUAUUGCUCACAGCCUGGCUUUGAUUGGAUGGGAUUUCGAGCAACCCGGUCUGGAGGGAAAGCCUGGGAAGGCCUGCAGCCAACCCAUGACCCAACUACAGGAAUCCACCCCGAGGAGCUCCUGGGUCAGCUCUGCAGACCCACAGCCGGGGUGUUCAGGGCUGUGCAUCUCCUGGGCGCCUGCGUUCACUUCCACUGUCUCAUCAUUAACUUUGUACCACUGAGAAUGACUCUUCUUCCUGAUGACUGCUUUCAAGUCUUUGUGAUCACUGUGUUCCCUAAUUAGCUGAUACAAAUUGCUGCUGUUUGCAGCAUAAUAUUCAUGGAUAUAUCCAGUACUUUGUUGGCAACGUUUUAAAAUUUACUGAAGCAUUUACUUCUUUUUAUUUAACCGGAGAAAGCAGACAGAACAUAAUUCCCCAUUAGACAUCGUUUUAAGAGGCAAAUCAAUAGAAAAAUUGCAUUUGGUUAAAAUGUUUAUGCAGUUCUAUCACUCACCGUCGUACGCUUUUGUUCUAAUUAAUAGUAUCUUGUGUGCAGUGCAAGAAGCCACGUCUGACCAUAAGGAUGGCUCACAUUUCAGCUGACGUUUUAUUGCCCAGGUCCUAGCAGAGUUAUUCAGGUUGGCAGCAGGAGACGGCUUUGCCCCUGCGAUCACAGAUAGACCCUCAGCUCCGAAAAGUGGCUGUGGAGUCACUUCUUCUGCAGCUUCCUGGGGGCCAAGCACAAAUCUAUUUGGUUUUCAUGUCUCAUUCAGUGGGGCUCACCGCGGUGGACCAGCAGGCAGAUGUUGGCCAUAAGGACGUGAGCAGAGGGAGGAGGAUAUUUUCCCAAAUCAGAG